AUGACAUCAUCUUUUGGAGAAUUGAAAAUUGAAUCGACUGUUGAAAAGACGUGUCAGGAUGCACCGGUCGUCAAGAAUGGCUACAUGUAUUCAUUGGGUAGUACUACUAGGGAUAGUAGUGCUCCAUCCAUGUCAGAAACAAGAGAUCGACGUAGUAGUCGAUUUAGUACAGGACGUGCCUGGACUCGAGCAUUGAGUGUCACACAUGACAGACAAGAUGUUACAAGUAUUGCAGCAUUGGUGACUACAACACCCAUGACAGUUUGGAAUACUUUUUUACAAACUGUGAGCAAUUUUGCAGAUAAACCGGCCAUUGUUGGACGGGAACAAGUGGCUAAGUGGACUCAUCAUCGGGCUGCUCCGAUGAUAAAUGUAGUGUACUCCUGGGCACAACAUGCUGUACGUGUACGUUGUGUGACAAGAACAUUGUUGCAAUUGGGAUUUCGUGCUGGAGAAGGAGUUGUCAUUAGUGCAAAAAGUAGUCCGUUACUACAAGCAGUAAAUCUUGCCGUGGUGUCAUUGGGUGGCAUAGUGGCUCAUGUGCGCAGCUCAUGGAGUGCGCAUGAACUUCGAGAACACAUUUUACCCACUGCCGAAGCAACCGUUGUGAUCGUCGAUACGUUGGAGGAUAAUUUUCGAGAUGCAUUAGAAGCACUGGAUACACUUCGGCUGCCUAUUCGUGCAGUGGUGAUUCUUGGUGAUUCAUCUGCUAUGGACUGUGCUGUUGCGAAUCUGCGUAAUAUUAACAUUAUUGGAGCAAAAGACCUUCUCGAUAUCAACACACUUGCGACCGCGGAAGCUGCAAUGACGCCGUCGCUCAAUUCACUGGCGUCCUGUGUGCUGCCAGGUCAAUGCUGCUUGCUAACUUUCGACUACGAUGACCUUGGGCGCAUACGAGGCGCUGAGCUCUCGCAUGACAACGUCAUUUUUACAGCUGCUGCCUUGGUGCAAAGCUUUGGCCUUCUUAGUCGUGACCGUCUCGUGGGAUAUUUGCCGCUGUAUCACGUGGCAUCGCAAGUGCUGGAAUUUUACGUGCCUCUUAUUGCAGGACUGUCUGUAGUGUGUGCACCAACGUACAAUCUGCCGCUUGUGCGUGUGAUUACUGAUCACAAACCGACGGUGUUUUUUGCGGCACCUGCUACGUGGACGAGCUUUAGCCAGCAAGUUUAUCGUGCGAAAAGUGACGUGAAUGCUGCUGUCUACAGCUGGGCAAAGACACGGGCCACGAACAACUCACAGAAGCUUCUUUUUGCCAAAGACAAAGGAGCGAAGCAUCGCAGUCUAGGCUACAUGCUUGCCAAGGCACUUGUGCUAAACAAGAUUAAGAAGAAGAUUGGACUGGAGAGUUGCACUGCCUGCUAUUCGGUGUUAGCACCGCUCGACUUCGAGCUCGAGCGACUUUUCAAGACGGUUGACACGCCGAUUUACCAGCUUUUUGGUACUGCAGAGACGUCUGGCUUUGCUGCAAUUAAUUUCCCGCACGCUUGUGAGUUUGGAAGCUGUGGUCGUGCACUCCCGGGUACUACCAUCCGAUGUGAUGAGCGCUCUCACGAAACUGUGCUACGUGGACGCAAUGUAUUUUUGGGUUAUCGCUAUUCUCCUUGCAAUAGCAAUAGUCUAGGUCCUGAGUUCGACGGCGACGACAAUAGUAAUCAAUCGACACCGACAUGUGACUUGGAUGGAUGGCUUCGUUUGUGGCAACGUGGUUUCCUGACUCCUACUGGUUUCCUCAAACUGAGCGACCCGAGAGACUUUCUUGUGCUUGCUACGGGUGAUUGGGUCCCUAUAUACCCUUUCGAGUUUGCAAUGAUGGAGCUAAUGCCGGAACUUGAUCGUGCAGUAUUGGUAGGUGAUGGCCGUACGUUUCUAAGUACGCUCUUCUUUCUCAAGACCAGUGAAGUGGGUUAUCGACCUACUUUUGCAAACAAGCACACAAGUGAUCUACUACUAGACGAGGUCGCAUUGAAGGUCGGUCAUGCCAUUGGUAGUAGUGCUACUACAGUUACAGAAGCUAUUCGCUGUCAGCGAUGGGCUGUCCAUUUCGACACUAUUUUGGAGAAGCUGCCUCAAGUUUGCUCGAUUUCCGGAUAUCGUGUACGUAAGUGGAUUUUGAUGGCCGCCGACUUUUCCGUCGAGUCUGGCGAGCUGGACCCUGAUACAAAUGACGUUUGCCGUCGCAGUGUUGACCGCAAGUACCAAGCACUACUUGACUCACUAUACAGCUAA